AUGGAUUCGAACGGAUUUGGUCCCCAGCCAAAAGCUGGAGACCUGAUUGAGUUUUCCCGUGGUCCUUAUGAGCACUGGGGUGUGUAUGUGGGAGAUGAUCAUGUGGUUCAUUUGAGCGAUGUAGAUGCUGGGAGUUCAGGAAUAAAUCUGAUGGGCUCUGCAUCCGGUCGAAAUACUCGAGCUGUCGUGAGGAAGGACCUGCUAUCCAAUGUGGCCAAUGGGGGCAGUUAUCGUAUAAACAACAAGUACGUAAAGAAGAUGCAGCGGCCUUGUGCUAAGGACGCCGUCCAACGGGCAGAGGCGCUGGUGGGGAAGGAGAUGCCCUACAAUGUCACAAGUCAGAACUGCGAGCAUUUUGUGACUAAGCUGUGCUAUGGAGUUCCCAUGAGUGAGCAGGUCGAGGAAAAUGCACCAGCUCUGUUUCUGAUAGCUGGGGCUGUGCUUCGCCUUCUUGCACCAUUUUUUUCAAGAUGAUAAUGUCAUCCAGACACUAGCGGAAAUGGGGUGAGGACACAUGGCAAGAGACAGUCAAGAGGGAGCACCAUCCCAGGAGGAUCAUUCCCACCAGGUCCCUGGCUGGUUCCUCACUCUACCCCUUUCUACUGGCUGGGAGCGAACAAUAAAUGGUUGUAUUCGGGA